GGCGGAAGGAAGGCGGGUGCUUCCGGCAACGUCUGGGGAGCGCCGGAAGCGGCGGGUGGAGGCGUGGAGCGGAGCGGCGCCAGGUAGGGGAGCCGCCUGCCCCGCCGCGGCAGCGGGCGGCAGGUAAUUGAAUGGGUCUUCAGAAGCAGAGUUGCUAAAACUGGCAGAAAAUGGCGUAUCGAAGAGAUGAAAUGUGGUCUGAAGGGCGGUAUGACUAUGAAAGAGUUCCAAGAGAACGUCUCCCUCCAAGGAUUCAUCCUGACGAUGAUUACCAUAGGGUAGUAAACAUUGUGCCCAAGAAACCACCGCUGCUCGAAAGACCUGGGGAUGGGAAUUACAGUCGGUAUGAUGAUUACGGUCAUGCUGAGUACAGAGACUAUGAAGAGGGUCGCAGUUUUGCCCAUGACCGAAGAAGUGGCCCUCCACACCGAGGUGUACGUAAGGAUGAAUCAGGAUACAGAUGGCCAAGGGAUGAUCAUCCUAUAAGUCGGCAGCCUGAGUACAGGGAGGUCAGAGAUGGCUUCAGAAGAAAAAGCUUCUAUCCUUCUCAUUAUAUGAGAGAGCGAUCCCCUCAUAAGAGGGACUCUCCUUUCUUCAGGGAAUCGCCAGGGAGCCGAAGGGAUUCUCCACACAGCAGAUCUGGCUCUAGUGUCAGCAGCAGGAGCUACUCUCCUGAAAGAAGCAAAGCCUAUCCUUUCCACCAGUCCCAGCAUAGCAGAAGUAUGUCAUCUUUACAUAAAAGAAAUAUUUCUUCUCAGCAAGGUAAAGAGAGGACUUCAGUGCAGUCACUGAAAACAUCAAGAGAUGCAUCACCUUCGGGCUCCACAACAGUACCCUCAUCAAAGGCCUUGGAUAAGAGUAACAGACUAUCGGAAAAGGAACUCGCAGAAGCUGCAAGCAAGUGGGCAGCUGAAAAGUUAGAGAAGGCUGAAGAAAGCAAUUUACCCGAAAUAACAGAGUAUGAUGCUGGAUCUUCAGCUCCAUUAUACAUCGAACAAACAGAGGAAGCAGAAACAAAUAUAACGGAUAGUGCAGAAUUAUACGAGGAUGGUCAUCUUCUUGGCCGCUCAAAAGCAAUUGCAACUAAGACGAAGGAGAUUGAACAGGUCUACAGACAAGACUGUGAAACCUUUGGCAUGGUAGUGAAGAUGCUAAUUGAUAAAGAUCCGUCGUUAGAGAAGUCCAUUCAGUUUGCCCUGAGGCAGAAUUUGCAUGAAAUAGAGAGUGAGCAGCUGUGUGAUGCCUGCCUGGGUAUAAGCUCCACUUGGAAUACAGGUGCUACUGCUAAUAACACAAACUGGGAUUUACAGCUUUGGCGACUGGAUCCGAGUCUGGUGCUGGCAGCACAUGCUAUAUCCCAUACCAUUCUCUUUAUAUUUAAGGUGGAAGGAUCAAUUAGAAACAUUCCUCAUAAUAAGUGGUCAAAAAUAAUGAAGUAGAGAUCGUUUAUGUCACGCUGAAAAAACUAACCAAAGUCAUAGAGCCAUCUUUAAACUUAGCCUGUAAUUUUUAAACUGGAUAAAAAUACAAGUUAGCUGCUCUUUCAUUAAGCAUGGUUACAAGUACCUGUUACUGUUCCCUGGACGUGAAUGUCUCCUAGCAGUCCAUUCCUCAGCAAAACCAAGCUUUCUCAAUGUUUUCUAACGCUUUUAAUUACGGGUGGUCCCGCAGCCCGGCGCGGGUCAGGGGGAUGUACGUGCCUCAGAGCAGCGGUGGCUAAACCAGCCCUGAACAAGCUGCUCCACCGCUACUGGAAGGCACCGGCACCAGAGCACGGCUCCCACCGCUCCCAGGGCAUCGCACUUUCCCUGGACAAAGGUGCUCUGGAGGGAAAACAGGUCAGAGCUCCCGCUGCGGGCUGGGAGAAGGGCUGCUGGUCAGCGGGAGAGCAGCACUGCCUCCAAGGGUCAUUAUUACAGACAAACGCACCGCUCUUUUUUCCUAAGUAAACCCAAGGACAAGGAAAGGCCUCUCCCCACUGCCAGAGCUUCCUGCUGAAAAAUAGCAGUACGAACAGUGGUGGUGGGAGAGGGGGAAGUGUCAUUAUUUACAUCACUCCUUUUGAAGUACCCAGAGCCCUUGCAGGGGCAGAGAGGCCACAGUGCCCCAGCCACGGCACCUUCAGCCCUAAGUCAUCCCUGGGUUUUGUGUAAGGGCACGGGGAAGAGAUACAUCUUUCAUGACACACUUUAGAGAACCGUGGUGAAUAGCUGGGCUGGUUUUUUGUU